UAACAAAUAACAAAUAUAUGGGUAUCUGAUCGCUUUGCUAUUCUCAGGAUCUCAAGGCCAAUGAAGCAAACGCAAAGUCAUAGGAGGGAUCAGUACAUUUGUUUGUCCCGCGAGACAAUAUUUUGUAAGGCAAUCAUUGUGAUGUCGUGAUUGGCCAAUGAAUACACUGGCAAUGGGUUAUGCAUAAUUAUCCAAUUGAGAUUCAUAACUCUGUCACCAAUGACGACAUGCCCAUCGGGCAUAGUUCAUUCAUAUUUUAGGCUGUAGGGACAGGCGAAGCCCAAACAUUCGGUUUAACCACUUGUCAAAAGUAGAGUUUCCGAGUAGUCGGUAAGCACACUUGAACAUUGUGUUUCUUUUAUCACCAACAAUUGCUCUGUAGUGAAGUUCAAUUGUUAUAGCAAAGCAACUAUUUCUAUCUCAUAACUAUAAACGUAUAAUGCCUUACAAAAGUUAAUAUUAAAACAAGUGUUAUAAUUCCAAGUUAGAGUUGCCUAAAAAUUAAGAUACACUUAAGUGUAUCUUCAUACCUCCUAAAGUGUAUGUACACUGUUUAGAAAAAUUUUUUCAAACAGAUUGAGCAUCUUUGUAAUCGUAGAACAAAUGAAGAGAUGUCAAUUUUUGUGCCUGUUCUUUUUUAUCGCAUUGUUAGUAAACACAGAUGCAGCAAAAGGUGGUGGAGGUAGAGGAGGUAGCAGACGCAGUGGCGGAAGAGUUUACAAGUCUCGAAUGCCUAUUCUGAUUCCUCACAGAAAUCCUGCCAGUGCUAAUUAUUAUGAAAAUAAAGAUGGGGCGAGAAUAGUGAAAGCUUCACACUUUGAACUGGAUUACAUGUUAGGAAGGAAGAUCACAUUUUUCUGCAUGGCUACUGGAUUUCCAAGACCUGAGAUCACCUGGUUGAAAGAUGGAAUUGAAUUGUAUCAUCAUAAAUUUUUCCAGGUUAUCAUGCCACGUUCUACAGUGAUAUUAUUUUUGUUAAUCGUACUACUGCUAAAUAGUCAGGAAAUUCUUGGACGAAGAGGACGAGGCAGAGGAAAAACCAGAUCGCGUGUCCAAAUAGGAUUACCUAUCACUGGAAAAUAUCGUGAUCCAGAAAGUGAUCAAUAUUAUAAUAAUCAUAAUGGUGCAAAAAUAUUGUUGGCAUCACACUUUGAUUUGGAGUACGUUUUAGGACACAAAAUUGUUUUCCUUUGCGUCGCACGUGGAAAUCCACGACCACAUAUCACAUGGUUCAAGGAUGGUGCUGAGAUUUAUACUCAUCUUUACUUGCAUGUGCAUGAAUGGCAAGUUGGAGAAGAUAAAGUAAAAUCAAAAUUGGAAAUAGAUCCUGCAACUCAAAUGGAUGCUGGAGUUUACGAAUGUACAGCUGAUAAUAUGUAUAGUAUUGAUCGAAGAUCUUUCAAGACUGACUUUUCUAUUGCUUUUGAUUAAGUUUAAUAAUUAAAUAAUUUUUUAAAGUAGUUUAAUAAUUAUAAAUAAAGUUUAAAAUUAUUAUCUUUAAGAUACUAUCUAAAAUAAUUAAUCAUAAAAAAACAAGAAAUAAUUCUCGAAAUGUAUAUAGUUCCUAGUUUCUAAUUCUCGAAAUAUAUAUGUAUAUACAUUUUGAGUUAGAUAAUAAAUAUAAUUUACUGCAUUAAAGGAA